AUGGAACACAAAGAAUUGAACCUUCUGAAUGAAUCCUUAGGUCUUCACAGCAACAACAACCUCUACGGUCGCUUCGUGCUUGUAGAAGACACUGUUGACACAAGCGCUGCUUUCGUUCUUCACCAUAUCCUCAAACGCACCUUCUCUUCUCACCCUUCUUCGUCUGUUAUCUUCCUCGCCCUCUCCAACCCUUUCUCCCACUACGAUCGCAUUCUCAGGAAAAUUGGUUGCAACUUGGCUGCUCACAGAGAUAAUAAUAGAUUCUUUUUCAUUGACUUGCUUAUGUUGCAGUUUCCAGAUGAAGGAAAAUCCAAUCAAAAUGGUUUUGCUGCUGUAUUUGAGAAAAUUGAAAGAGUGAUCAAGGCAUUACCUCAAGACAACACGAAAUUUGUCACUAUCAUGAUAGAUGAUAUCUCUUUUCUUGAAGUUGCUGCCAAUGGCUCUUCAAAUGAUGUUUUAGACUUCCUGCAUUAUUGCUAUACACUAACAUCAGAAUAUGGUUGUGCAUUCAUUGCACUUGACCAUAAGGAUAUUUAUUUGAAUGAAGAGAAGCCUGACAUUAUCUUAGAGAUGGAACACCUUGCUGACAUUUUGGUCAAGGCUGAACCAUUGGCCACUGGUUUGGCAAAAGAUGUGCAUGGGCAGUUGAUGGUGUUACAUAAGCAACAUGGAAUUUCACCUGUUAAGAUUCAUAAUUUUCACUUCAAGAUCAAGGAAAAUAGCAUUGAGUGUUUUUAUCCUGGCACAAAAAUUUAG